GCUUUUUGUCUCGACACACCUGCACACCGGUGCUCUCAACGUUUGAAAAUUCUCUCUACUGUUCAUCAUUUGUACAGUUGAAAAAGUACAAACGGAGCCCCCCCUACGUAGUGAUCUCCGUACGAAACAGGUCACACGCUCAUUAAGUGCUCGCUAGAUGGAGAAGUAAUGAAGUUCCAUGACAUUUCGUUUGUUUGAAAAUGGCUACGGAAAAAGACUUGGUGAACGCGGUGAGGGACUCCUUGGAGGCGGGGGGUGAACUUGGGCGAAUUAAAGCGGGGAUGCGCAGUGAAGUAAUGAAAUUAUUGGAUGGGUCUUCAACAUCAAAUCGAGUGAAGACGCCCGAGUCCCCGCGGGAUGUAGUUAUUUUAAAUGAGUUGAUACGAGAGUAUUUCGAUUGGAUUGGAUACAAAUACACGUUAAAUGUUUUCAUAUCAGAAUGUGAAUUUGGAAAGCAACCGCUCGAUCGCACAUUUCUGGCCCAGGACUUGGGAGUAAAAGAGAGUGAGACUACGAAAAAACUACCUUUGCUCUUUAGCCUCGUGGAAACGUUCAGAAGUCUCAACACUUCUCAAGAAUAAUC